CUUCUUCUUGUAUGAGAAAUAAGAUAUAUCACCGUCUGGGAAGAGAAUUCUAAGAUGGCGAACGCGUCACGUCGAGAAGAACUUCAAUUUAAGACCACACCAUUAGAAGAUGACUACACUGUUGACUGGAGCAAGAGGCUUGGUUCAGGAAUCAGUGGGCCAGUUAGGCAAAGGUGCACUACUUGUGCAGUGGUCAUCCUCAUGUUGUAUCGGUAAUAGAUGUCUAUGCUGUCAGCUUUAAAUUUCCAGGAGAAAUGAGACCUGUUCCUAGGAUUUUGAUGGUUAUGGAGUUGAUGGAGGGAGGUGAACUGUUUGAGCUUGUUAGAACAAAAAGACGUUUCACUGAAAAUGAGGCUGUUAAUUUUACCAAACAGAUUGCAUUAGCAGUUUACCACUGUCAUUCAUUUAAUGUAGCGCAUAGAGAUCUAAAACCAGAGAACUUGCUUCUUCUUGACAAGACUGAGAAAGUAGUCAUCAAGCUUGCUGAUUUUGGUUUUGCUAAGAUUGAUCGUGGAGAUCUUGUUACACCACAAUUUACACCCUAUUAUGUGUCUCCUCAGGUUCUGGAAGCACAAAGAAUUCACCGUGCUCAGAAGUCAGGGAGAUUUCCAUUUUUAUCGAAACCUUACACAUAUGACAAGAGCUGUGACAUGUGGUCAUUAGGCGUUGUUAUCUACAUCAUGUUGUGUGGAUAUCCACCCUUUUAUUCCGAGGUACCUCGUAAGCAAUUGUCGCAGGGAAUGAGGCGUAGGAUUAUGGCUGGGGAGUAUGACUACCCCGACAAGGAGUGGUCAAAGAUUUCAUCAGAUGCAAAGGAUGUCAUUGCCAGCCUAUUGCGAGUUGAACCUGCUCAGAGACUGACAGUUACAGACCUGCUUGAGCACCAGUGGCUUAAUGAAGGAACUGUUUCGGAUGUUCCACUUGAUUCACCUUCAGUUAUCGUUGCAGAUGAGGAAGCAUUUCGGGAGGCCAUGCAUGCGCAUUCGGCUCAGCUUACGAAGAUGAGGUUACCGGACCGCACAGUGGUACUGAAGGCUGUGACGAAGGCCAAGAACCCGAUAUUGAUGAAGAGAAAGAACAUGUUUAAUCUCGGUUCGCUCUUCACCAGAAACAACGGGGCAUCCGCAUCGUCCACAGAUGUUGAUCGAACAAAAAACGAUGCUUCUAUCAAGUCCCUGAGAGACAUCAUAGCAUUCUGUAUGCUUCCUCCUCAGCCACCUGAUGGCGUUACAGAAACUUCCCAAGGUCCAAGUCCUGAAGAAGAACUGCAAAGACUGGUUUCUCUUGCUUUAGAACAGAACCCAAAAUCCCAGCGACUCAAAGAAGCUCUCGUCAAGCAGUCUUGGGAUGGAGAGAAGUUCGCUGGAUCAGUGGACAGGCGCAUGCUAGCCAAAGACAUUAGUGAAAUCGUAAAGAAAAUGUGACGUGUUGGAGAAACUGCUCUCAGAGUAUAUAUAACAUCACGUAUUCAGCUACUAAUGAAGUCUUUGUGAAGGCGUUGAAGGAUUUUCCGUUUUGGACCGUUGCCGAGAGCGAAUUCGACUCUCUACACACAAAGCGGCAAAGUGAGAUGAUCCAAUCAGAACCAACAGAAGAGCGUAGAAUGCUUUUGGCAUGAGUGGGUGGAUAUAUACACGGCCUUCGAAUGGGCGCGAAAAUUCGCGCGCAAAAUCAAGAUCCGUUUCGUUUUUGCCAGUGCGCAUGAUUGGUUGAGCCUUUUCUGGUCGAACCAGUGGCUCAAAUACAUCGCCACAUAAAUUUAUAGCUUUGAAAAUUUACGAACAAUUUAAAGAAUUUUGCCUUAUUACGUUAUGUUUUACAUGAAAAUUCUUCUUUAAUUCAGUCUAGUAGUUGGUU